CUCCUCUGUGGGUGGGGCUGCAAACUCUGCUGAUCGACGCUGGCUCCAUUUUAACAGAUCAGACAAGAUGCCCAACUAACAUGAGAGGUCAUGUGACACCUGCACUGGAACUCAGCGGAAAUGGAAAUGAAUGCCCCACCUGAGGACUCUGCCCCUCCCCCCCUGGCUGAGGGAGGAGCAGGAUGCAGUUUUGCUCCUCUCCUCCAGGGCACAGCAGAGCUCACUGAAGGCAAAGCAGGGGGAGACAUCGCUCACUCACCACAGAAACAACACAAUAAAGAUGAUGCACAGCCACAACAUAGCCAAGGCCCACUUGAUGUGAAGAGGCCAGACUCCCCUGUACCCAGCUGUGUGUCCAUGAAGAGUGACCAGUCCAUAGAUCUUCCCCUCCGUUUUGAAGGACAACUUCCUCCUCCAACUCCAGGGCUUCUCCAGCAGAAGAGAUCAGGCUCUCCUGUUCCCAGCUGUGUGUCCAUGAGGAGUGACCAGUCCAUGGAUGAACCCAUGCGGUUUGGAGCAGGAGGCUCCCCUAGUCAGAAUGCUAUCCAGCAGACCAGAUGUCCCUCUCCUGUUCUGUCCAUGAACAGUGACCAGUCCAUAGAUCUCCCCCUACGCUUUGAAGGACAACUUCCUUCUCCAACUCCAGGUGCUAUUCAGCAGACCAGAUGUCCCUCUCCUGGUCUGUCCAUGAAGAGUGACCAGUCCAUAGAUCUCCCCCUACGCUUUGAAGGACAACUUCCUUCUCCAACUCCAGGUGCUAUCCAGCAGACCAGAUGUCCCUCUCCUGGUCUAUCCAUGAAGAGUGACCAGUCCAUAGAUCUUCCCCUCCGCUUUGAAGGACAACUUCCUUCUCCAACUCCAGGUGCUAUUCAGCAGACCAGAUGUCCCUCUCCUGGUCUGUCCAUGAAGAGUGACCAGUCCAUAGAUCUCCCCCUACGCUUUGAAGGACAACUUCCUUCUCCAACUCCAGGUGCUAUCCAGCAGACCAGAUGUCCCUCUCCUGCUCUGUCCAUGAAGAGUGACCAGUCCAUAGAUCUUCCCCUCCGCUUUGAAGGACAACUUCCUUCUCCAACUCCAGGGUCUCUGUGGAAAACAAAUCUUUCUACAUCAAGUGCUGAGGGGACUGUGACAUCACCCUGUUCUUCUCUUGUGCCACCUGCAGAGGGCGAUGUCAUCAGGGAGAGGUCCAUGUGCUCCUCUGAGGAAAUCCAAAGCAAUUUCAAAUCGUAUCUGAGCACCAAACUGCAGCAUGUAAGUGAGGGGUCCUCCACCAUGACUCUCCUGAGUGAUGUCUACACAGAGCUAUACAUCACAGAAGGGGAUGCAGAGGAAGUGAAUGACCAGCACGAGGUCCGAGAGGUGGAAACAGCCAGGGAGGCCUCAUCAUUGGAAGAAGAUACAGCCAUCAAGUGCAGUGACAUCUUCAAGCCUCUGGCAGGCAAGGCUCAAGCCAUCAGAACUGUUCUCACCAAGGGAAUUGCCGGCAUCGGGAAAACCGUGUGUGUUCAGAAGUUUUCUCUGGACUGGGCGGAGGGCAGAGCCAAUCAGGACAUCAGAUAUAUAUUUCCACUUUCCUUCCGGGAGCUGAACCUGGUGAGAGAUGAGGAACUCUGUUUAGCCGACCUUCUGAAACGCCUCAUUGGUGAUAUUGGGAAUGAGGCACUUUUGGACAGUUGCAGUAGCAGCCAUGAUACCCUUUUCAUCCUUGAUGGCUUGGAUGAGUGUCGCCUACCUCUGGCUUUUCAGACCAAUAAAAUUCUUUCUUCACCAGCUGAGGAGGCAUCCGUGGAUGUCCUUCUCACAAACCUAAUUAAAGGACACCUAGUUCCCUCAGGUCUCAUCUGGAUCACUUCACGGCCAGCCGCAGCAGGUCAAGUCCCACAGAGCUGUGUGGACCGGGUCACAGUGGUAAGAGGAUUUGGAGACCUGCAGAAAGAGGACUAUUUCAGGAAGAGGGUCUGCAAUGAAGCUUUGGCUAGUAAAGUCAUAGACCAUGUCCGGAGUUUAAGAACCCUCUGGAUCAUGUGCCACAUCCCAGUCUUCUGCUGGAUCUCAGCCAUCGUUCUAAAAACGCUACUGGAGGAGUCGGAGAGUCAAACCAUUCCCAAAAACCUCACACAAAUGUACACACAUUUUGUCGUCAUGCAACUCAGACUACAAGAAAAAUACGGACAUGCAACACGCCAAGGCAAACACACUGUUCUCCAACUGGGAAGGCUCGCUUUCCAACAGCUAGAGAAGGGCAAUUUGAUCUUCUAUGAGGAAGACCUGGAAGAGUGUGGCAUUGAUGUCACAGAAGCGUCUGUAUACUCAGGAGUGUGUACUGAAAUCUUCAAAGAGGAAUCUGGGCUGUACCAUGGGAAGGUGUACUGCUUUGUGCAUCUGACCAUUCAAGAGUUUCUGGCUGCUCUGUAUGUCCUACUUCAUUUCCACUCCGGAGAUCAUGAGCCGCAUCAAAGCCUCGCCUUUUCAGAGCUCUUCACAGCGUCUACUCUCUCAGACCUUCAGAAGAUUGCUGUGGACAAAGCACUACAGCGGCCAAACGGAAACCUUGACCUGUUUCUCCGUUUCCUUCUGGGUCUCUCUGACAGUCUCCUCCAACCUCUCCAAAGCCCUCUACAGUCCCUGCUCCCUCACAUCAAGGUCACCUCAACCAGUAGCGCUGGUGUCAUCAAGUACAUCAAAACGAGAAUCAUGAUCAGCCCCACAACUGAGCAGUCCAUCAACCUGUUUCACUGUCUGAACGAGCUGAAUGACCACUCUCUGGUGGAGCAGAUUCAGGAGUACCAGAGGUCCCGGCGUCUCUACAAGCAAUCCCUCUCCCCACAGCUCUGGUGUGCUCUGGUGUUUGUGCUGCUGACCUCAGAGGGCUCUCUGGAGGUCUUCGAUUUGGGCAAGUACUGCUCUCCUGCCUCGGAUAAGAGCCUGAUACGAAUGCGGCCAGUGCUGAGAGAGAGCACGAAGGCAGAACUGGCUUCUUGCAAUCUGACUGAGCAGAGCUGUGAGGUGUUGGGCUCAUUGAUUGGCUCCCCGGCCUGUCGUCUCAGAGAGCUUGAUAUAAGUGACAACAAGAUACAGGAUGAAGGAGUGAAGCUGCUUUCCGGUGGCAUUCAGAAAUCCAGCUGUAAGCUGCAUAUACUACGUGUGUCUACAUGUGGAAUCACCACGAGUGGCUGUGCACAUCUGAUGUCUGCCCUCAACCAUAAUCCAUCUCAUCUGACUGAGCUUGACCUGAGCAACAACCAUCCAGGACACAGUAACAUUGUCCUUCUCUCAGAGAUCCUCAAGAAGCCUUCCUGCCGUAUACACAAACUCAAGUUAGUCAACUGCAACAUUGAAGAUUUCAGUUGUCCUUCAUUAGCUGAGGCUCUUCAGGGUAAAUCCUCAAGUUUGAGAACACUUGAAUUGAGUCAAAACCGUAUAAGGAAUCCAGGUGUAAAAGCCCUUUGUAGCGGAUUGAAGGACACCAACUGCAGACUUGAGUCGCUGAGGUUAAGUGACUGUGGUUUAACAGAGAGCAGCUGCAAGGCCCUCGCUGCCGCUCUAGUUGCGAACCCCUGCCACCUGAGGGAGCUCUGGGUCAGCUACAACAAGCACGGCACUCUGGGAACAUGUGCCCUCACUGCAGUCAAGCUGGACCCACAGACCGCCCUGGAAAAACUCAAGCUAUAGAUUCUGCCAUCUCAGCAUAACCACCUGAUGGUCCUGUGUCCUGGUAAUGUGACCCAUCAGCCAAGCGAUGACAACAUGCAGUUCAACACACAAAUUCUGCUGUAUAUGAAUUACAUGUUUUCUUUCAUAAAAUACAACCUCUCAAUAACAAUAGUGAAGAUCUUCAAUGGAAGAAUUUGAUACAUGUGUUAUUCUGUGCCUACUUAUUCUUGCUCUCGGAAGAUGUACAGUAGUUCUUGUUCCACACACACACACACUUAUGUACUUUAUCUGGGAAGGCGGCACAAAUACAAUUUCACCUUAUUCUGCACGCACUGGCUGCAAUGGAGACAGACACUGUUUCUCAAUGUCUAGUGUGCUUGCCUUGGUAGUGCUUCAGCCUUGAAGUUGCGCACUUGCAAGAUGAGGCUCAAAGCCUCACAAGCAUCUCAAACGAUUAUGAAUGGAACAUGCUUGGAAGCGUGGAAGUGAACGUCAUAGCAGUUCGGUUUUGGACACUAAACACUUGUUUUCAACAGAUAAGUGUAGUUCCGCCUACUAUUGUACACAUACAGGCUGCAUUGGAGACCAUUUUUGUUGUUCAAUAGUAAUGUUUUAUGAUGGGUUUCAGUGAGAUAAAAGACUACAAAUGUAGUCUGUUGAGAUAAAUGUGGUUCUGCUUUAUUCUGCUUUGGAGCCUUCAGCAGGCAGGGCUCUGCCUGGUCGGUUAAAGAAUGACCCCAUUUCAGCCACCAAUACAUGCCUUCAAAACCAUCUUCAUUAAAGACUGAAUACGUGGUAGGUUGAACAGCCCACUGGUAAUUGAUCUAGUGCGAGUCAUGAUAGUACCUAUUGCCUAGUGUAACACCUCUACUCUAGAAAAAAAGGAAGUUGUCCU